AUGAAUAUGUGUCUAUUUAUUCAUAGAGAAAAUGAAACUAAUAAACUUAAAUUACAAAAAAUCCAAGUAAAACUUGAACAAAUAGAAGCUAAAGAACAAGAAAUAUUAAAUAAAUUAAAAGAAUCUCUUGCCAUAACUGAACAAAAUAAAUUUGAAAGAGUAGAAGCUAUUGUUGAACGUGAUCAAAUUAAAAUUGAACUUGUUGAAACUCAAAAGAGACUAAAAAAAUUCCUAGAUGAAAUAAAUGACAAGAUUAUUAAUGAAAAACAAAAUAUUGAAACGACAGAUUCUAUUAAACAUUCAAUUCAAAAAUCAAUAAGUGAACGUGAUCAAGCUAAUAGUAAUACCAUACAAAUUCGAUCAGAUUUUGAGAAAUUACUGUUACAAAGUAACCACGAUUUACUUCAACUUCGUUAUCAACUUAGUUCAACACAAAAUCGUCUUAAUGACACUGAAAGUGAAUUACUUCAAUCCAAGAAACAAUGUCUCGAUUUAACAAAAGAAAUAAAUCGUUUAACACAAGAAAACAUUAUGUUAAAAAGUAUUAAACAAAGUCUUGAACGAUCACGUGAAGAAAAUAUGAAUGCAAUUCUUGUUAUAUUUAAUAAACGUGAACAAGAUUAUCGAACAAUAAUUGAAAAUCUUGAACUAGAACGGCAUCAAUCAUUAUCUUAUCUUGAAAAUCUUGUUCAUGAUCAAAAUACAAUAUUAAAUAAAUUACAAAUAACAAUUGAAAACCAAGAAUUACAUAUAAAAUUAUUAAAUGCAUAUGAACAUCUUGAACAAUUCGAUAGCCAAUUAUUACAACAUUAUCAUACACAUAUUAAAUUACAGAAACGAAUUAUUGAUUUAAAUAAUCAAGUUAAAACUUAUGAAAAUAUUAUUAAUAAAAUUAAAGUAGAAGAUUUAAUUGCUUAUCCACAAAGAUUAACGCUUAUAUCCCAGUGA